CUGCUCCCUCUCACACACACCCCUCCAGAGCAUCGGCAGGGGCUGGAGCUGCCAUCUCAGAGCCGUGAUGAGCGGAGGGGUCUACGGAGGAGAUGAAGUUGGGGCGCUGGUCUUCGAUAUUGGCUCAUUCUCCGUGCGCGCUGGUUAUGCCGGAGAAGACUGCCCUAAGGCCGAUUUCCCCACCACGGUGGGCUUGUUGUCCCAUGACGAGUCGGCCAUGGAGCUGGACGGAGACAAGGAGAACAAGUCGGGGAAGGUCUACUACAUCGACACCAACUCCUUGCACGUGCCUCGGGAGAACACAGAGGUCAUCUCACCACUCAAGAACGGGAUGAUUGAGGACUGGAGCUGCUUCCAGGCCAUUCUGGACCACACCUACAACAAGCAUAUCAAAUCGGAGCCAAACUUGCACCCAGUGCUCAUGUCCGAAGCCCCAUGGAACACACGGGCCAAGCGGGAGAAGCUGACGGAGCUCAUGUUCGAACAUUACAGCAUCCCGGCUUUCUUUCUCUGCAAAACCGCCGUGCUCACGGCCUUUGCCAACGGGCGCAGUACGGGGCUCGUCCUGGACAGUGGCGCGACUCAUACCACAGCCAUCCCAGUUCACGACGGUUACAUCCUGCAGCAAGGAAUUGUGAAAUCACCUCUAGCUGGAGACUUCAUAUCUAUGCAGUGCCGUGAACUCUUCCAAGAGAUGAACAUCGAGAUCAUUCCACCCUACAUGAUUGCAGCCAAGGAGGCGGUCCGUGAAGGGGCCCCCCCAAACUGGAAAAAGAAAGAGAAGCUGCCCCAAGUCAGCAAAUCGUGGCACACCUAUACCUGUAACGAGGUCAUACAGGAUUUCCAGGCCUCGGUCUUGCAAGUUUCAGACUCUCCGUACGAUGAACAGGUAGCCGCCCAGAUGCCGACCGUCCACUAUGAAAUGCCCAACGGUUAUAAUACAGAUUAUGGGGCGGAGCGGCUCCGAAUCCCGGAGGGCCUCUUUGAUCCCUCCAAUGUGAAGGGCCUCUCCGGAAACACCAUGCUGGGCGUCGGUCACGUGGUCACCACCAGCAUUGGGAUGUGUGACAUUGACAUCCGUCCUGGUCUGUACGGCAGCGUCAUCGUCACAGGCGGAAACACCCUCUUGCAAGGCUUCACGGACCGCCUCAACCGGGAACUCUCUCAGAAGACGCCGCCGAGCAUGCGCCUGAAGCUCAUCGCCAGCAACAGCACCAUGGAGAGGAGAUUCAGCCCCUGGAUCGGGGGCUCCAUUUUGGCUUCGCUCGGCACCUUCCAGCAGAUGUGGAUCUCCAAGCAGGAAUAUGAGGAAGGGGGGAAACAGUGCGUGGAGAGGAAGUGCCCCUGAAAGGACGCCGGUCCCCUUGGCAUGUCCCCCCCCAAGACCCCCCCCCCAACAUGGACCCUUUCAUCCCACGGCUCCCCACCCUGCAGAGAUACCUUUGGCUGCUUACUCCCCACCCCUGCUCCCCUUCCACAGAAACGCCUCCCCCCCUCCGCUGGAUGCUACCGCCCCCUCCUGCACAGUGAGUCCCACCCCGUCCUGUGGCGACGGACGAAGCGCCCCCCCCACUCUCCACAUCAGCCUGGACCAGCUCCCCCCCCCCCAGGACUCCAGGAGAGCCCCCGUGGGUCCCGAUCACACCAAAGCCCUGUCUCCCCACAGCAGAGAGGGAGAGGGGGGGCUCUGCAGAGGACAAGAUGGGCUCAGCCGUAGGCAUCAUCCUUCCUUGGAGGUCCUGGGUCUCAACCGGAGGAGACCCUGUGGGGAGGGGGCUUCCCCACUGCCCUGGGGUCUUCCUGGACGUGGGUGGCCCCUCUUCACGGUCACUCUCAUCAUCUCAUGAACCCCCCCCCCUUGUGCCAUUUUAUAAACCUAACCUGGGCGGUUCUCUUUAUUCGCUGGAUGGACUGAAGGGUCUUCCUUUCAUGGUUUAACUUUUGUUGGUGUUGAAAAAUAAUAAAGU